GAAUUUAUCGUCCUCAUUGCAGCAGGAGAGAGCGGAUAAGCCAACGAAAGGAAGAAAUGUCUGCAACAAUCAAGCACUCAUUUCUUUCUCCUUCAAAUCCAAUUCAUCUCUCCGCAAUCUCUACAAAUUUUCUCAAAUCACACCCUUCCUCCAUGAUCAUCUCGCACAAACCUUUAGGUUUCUCAACACCGCGUCUCAAAAUCGUGAAAUGUAGCUCGGAAUCGAACGAUGAAGCUCAAAACAAUGUCAAUUUGAAUAAUGCUUUGUCCAGCAUGGUCGGUGAGCAGAUUGAGGAACUUUUGAACAAGGAAGAGAAUAGGAGUUUGCUCGAUGGCUUGGAGAAGGCGUCGAUGAGAGUUGAAAUCGCCAAAAGGCAGUUGGCUGAGAUCGAGAAACAGGAACUUGAACUCAAACGAUUCAAGGAUUAUAUUAACCAGCUCGAAAGUAGAGCAUCGGAGAUUGAAGAAUGUCAAAAGGAGAUAUUGGAGGCAAGAGGGAUGAUCGAGGAGGCCGAGCGCUCUCUCUCACAAAGCGAGGGUGGAAAUGCAAAAAGAGACGUGGAAGAUGGAGGAAUUGACAGAGAUGAAGAGAGAUUGGAAUCUGUAAAAGCAGCGUCCAUAUCAGCCAUUGUUGGCACACUUGCAGGGCUGCCUAUCUUUCUUAAUCAAGUGACCAGCAUUUCUCAGCUUGCACUCCCUACUGCAAUCACCUUUAUUAGCUGUGCCUUGUUUGGAGUUACAUUCCGAUACACAAUAAGGAGAGACUUGGAUAAUAUUCAGCUCAAGACUGGAACAUCUGCCGCUUUCGGUUUCGUUAAAGGUCUUGCAACACUAGAUGGUGGAGUACCUCUGGAAUUUAAUGCUGAGAGUUUCUCAUCACAUGUCACUGAUGCUGCUGUGUAUGUAUCUGAAAACCUUUAUAUAUUUAUUUCUGCUGCUGUUGCACUGGAAUUCUGUUUCAAGAUGAGGUUAUUAAGCCCUUUUCCUAUAAGAAAAUCAGUAUAAGGGUCAUUUGGAUAUGAA